AUGUAUCGUGUCAGCAAUCUUAUUCAAACAUCCUAUUGUACGCGUUCAACAUUUGCCUCAUGUAAACGUUUACUUUCAAGUAAAAAUAAUGAGCAAAAACAAUACAAAGGUCGAAAAAUUAAUAAACUUCUUGUGGCAAAUCGUGGUGAAAUUGCAAUUCGCGUAUUUCGUGCAUGCAGCGAAAUUAAUAUUCGAACAGUCGCGAUUUAUUCCGCUGAAGAUGAAGGACAAUUACAUCGUAUCAAAGCUGACGAAUCAUUUAAAAUUGGGAAAGGUUUAUCACCGAUUGCAGCAUAUUUAAAUAUUCCAGAAAUCAUUAAAGUUGCUGUAAAAAAUGAUGUCGAUGCCAUUCAUCCAGGUUAUGGUUUUCUAUCGGAAAAUGGAGAUUUUGCUAAAGCAUGUCUUGAUGCUGGUAUUGUAUUUGUUGGUCCAACACAUGAUGUUAUCUAUCGUAUGGGUAACAAGUUAAAUGCUCGACAAUCAGCUAUCGAUGCUAAAGUUCCAAUUAUUCCUGGUACAACCCAUGCUGUUGAUAAUCUUGAUGCAGUACGCGUAUUUGUUAAAGAACAUGGCUAUCCAAUAAUGCUUAAAGCAGCACGCGGUGGUGGUGGUCGAGGAAUGCGCAUAGCAAGAAAUGAAGGUGAAUUAGAAGAAGCUUUUCAACGAGCUUCAUCAGAAGCGAAAGCAGCUGUUGGCGAUGGAAGUUUAUUUGCUGAACGCCUUGUUACACAAGCAAGACAUAUUGAAGUACAAGUCAUCGGUGAUCAUUAUGGAGGUGUUUCACAUUUAUAUGAACGAGAUUGUUCUGUACAACGACGCCAUCAAAAGGUUAUUGAAGUAGCACCAGCAACAAACUUAGAUCCAAAACUUCGAGAUCGUAUGACUUCUGAUGCUGUUCGUUUAGCUAGACAUGUUGGCUAUCAAAAUGCUGGAACAGUUGAAUUUUUACUUGAUGAUCAAGGACGACAUUAUUUUAUUGAAGUUAAUUGUCGUCUACAAGUUGAACAUACAUGUUCAGAAGAAAUAACAGGAAUCGAUAUAGUACAAUCACAAAUAAAAAUAGCUGAAGGUUCACGUUUAGCAGAUCUAGGUCUUGAGCAAGACAAAAUAAAAAUCAUGGGUGCUACUGUGCAAUGUCGAAUGACAACAGAAGACCCGGCAAAUAAUUUUACGCCUGAUGUUGGCCGAAUUGAUGUGUUUCGAUCAGCAGAAGGAUUUGGUAUUCGUAUUGAUAGCGCUUCUGCUUAUACAGAUGCUGUUAUCAGUCCAUUCUAUGAUUCCUUAUUGGUUAAAGUGAUUGCUCACGCACGUAAUCAUCAAGAAGCAUGUGCUAAAAUGGUUCGUGCACUUACAGAAUUUCGUAUUCGAGGUGUCAAAACAAACAUUCCAUUUUUACUCAAUGUUCUUCAUCAUCAACAAUUUCUUGAAGGCUCGAUCACUACGAGUUUCCUCGAUGAAAAUCCUAUAUUAUUUAAAUUUUUGCCUGCACAAAAUCGUGCACAAAAAUUACUUUCCUAUCUAUCGGAAGUAUUAGUCAAUGGACCUUUAACACCAUUGGGCACAGAUAUUAAACCGAUGCAUAUAAAACCAGAACUUCCGCAUGUAAAAAGGAAAGAAAUUCCAAAUGGUUGGCGUCAAGUAUUGAUGAAAGAAGGACCUGCAGGUUUUGCUAAAGCUGUUCGUAAACAUCCACAAGCUUUAAUUAUGGACACAACUAUGCGUGAUGCACAUCAAAGUUUAUUAGCAACACGUGUACGUACACGUGAUUUGAAAAAAUCAGCACCAUUUGUGGCGAAAAAUUUUCCUCAAUUUUUCAGUUUAGAAAAUUGGGGAGGUGCAACAUUCGAUGUUGCUCUUCGUUUUCUACACGAAUGUCCAUGGGAUCGUUUAAGUGAACUACGAGAAAUUAUUCCAAAUAUUCCAUUUCAAAUGUUAUUACGUGGUGCGAAUGCUGUUGGAUAUUCGAACUAUCCAGAUAAUGUCAUUGAUGGUUUCUGUCAAAUGGCUGUUGAUCAUGGAAUGGACAUAUUUCGUAUAUUCGAUUCAUUAAAUUAUUUACCGAAUAUGAAAGUUGGGAUUGAUGCUGUUGGAAAAGCAAAUGGUGUCAUAUCAGCUGCUGUUUGUUAUACAGGAGAUGUUGCAGAUAAAUCGCGUACAAAAUAUAACUUAGACUAUUAUACUAAAGUUGUCGAUGAACUUGUUAAAAUGGGCAUACAUAUUUUAUCUAUCAAAGAUAUGGCUGGUCUUCUUAAACCUCAAGCGACAAAAAUUUUAAUUGAUGCUAUUCGACAGAAACAUCCAGAUUUGCCCAUUCAUUUACAUACACAUGAUACAGCCGGAACUGGCGUUGCUAAUUAUCUAGCAGCUCUUGAAGCCGGUGCUGAUAUUGUCGAUGUAGCUGUUGACUCUGUGAGCGGUAUGACAUCUCAACCAACGAUGGGCGGUGUUGUUGCUGCAUUACAAAAUACAAAAUAUAAUACAGGUAUUGACUUGGAAAAAGUCAAUGAAUAUUCGGCAUUUUGGGAACAAACACGUUUACUUUAUGCACCAUUUGAAUGUACAACGACAAUGAAAAGUGGUAAUGCUGAUGUAUAUAAAAAUGAAAUACCGGGCGGACAAUACACAAAUUUGCAAUUUCAAGCAUUUAGUCUUGGUCUUGGUUCACAAUUUGAAAAUGUUAAAAAAUCAUAUAUCGAAGCUAAUCAAGUUUUAGGCGAUAUCAUUAAAGUAACGCCAUCAUCAAAAGUCGUUGGCGAUCUUGCACAAUUUAUGGUGCAAAAUAAUUUGACAGCUAAAGAAGUACGUGAACGUGGCGAUGAACUUUCGUUCCCAUCAAGUGUUGUAGAAUUUAUGCAAGGUCAACUUGGCCAACCACAUGGUGGAUUUCCUGAGCCACUUCGUACACAAAUAUUAAAAGAAAAGAAAAGAAUUGAUGGUCGUCCAGGCGCUGAUACUGAACAAUUAGAUUUCGAUAAAAUUGAAGCAGAAUUAAAAAAGAAAUUCGGUGAUGACAUUAUUCGUAAAUGUGAUGUUAUGUCAUAUGUUAUGUUUCCUAAAGUUCUUGAAGAAUACAUUGAUUUUAAAAAACAGUAUGGUCCCGUUGAUCUUUAUCCAACACGAGUAUUUUUUGUUGGACCAACUCUCAAUGAAACGUUGGACAUUGAAAUUGAACGUGGAAAAGUUCUUCAUAUUGUUGUAUUAGCGAUAAGUGACUUAAUGAUUGCAACAGGCGACCGUGAAGUAUUCUUUCAAGUUAAUGGUCAAUUACGAUCAAUGAAAGUUAAAGAUAAAGCAGCUAUUAAAGAUCACAAAGUUCAACCAAAAGCUGAUAAAAACAAUAAGAAUCAAAUUGGUAAGCUAAAAUUUGCUUCUGAUUCAACAUGUUUCGACUAA